UCGCGGUGGGUGUUUCCGCAUUCUGCAAAGAGCUGUCGGCAGAAGCGCGAGUUGGAGAGGGGACCGUCGCGUCUGUGAAGGAGCCUCCUCAGUCAUUCCCAGAGGAAUAGCGGUCCACCGCCAGGAAGCAGGGAUGCCCUACAUGUUCAUCAGUACGCAGAUCCGAUUGGAGAAUGGUCCAACAAAUGUGGGAGAUGAAUAUUCUGAUGCAACUGUGAUGAAUUACCUGGGAGCAAGGAAAACGACCAUGCUGGGAAACAAUUUUUCCGAGUACCAUGUGGACGACCCACCUCGCCUGGUGUUGGACAAGCUGGAGCAGAUUGGCUUCCGCGUGCUGACAAUGACAGGGGUGGGACAGACGCUGGUGUGGUGCCUCCACAAGGAGACUGAGUGAUGGGUCAUGGAACUAGUGGUGACUGCAUCAAAAUGCCUCUAGAAGCCGUUAAAAGGAUGAAUGAAUCGUGCUGAAGAACUUUUUCAACUUCUUUUGUUUUUUUUACUUUAAAGUUCUACAUUUGACAGCUUCAAAAUCAGCCCUUUAUCAAGUGAAAAUAAAGUCCUAAAAUUUAGAUUAUCCCAGACGUAAGGUUUUAGAUUACAUAAUAUAAGUGACAGGUCACCAAUUUCAAGGGCAUACUGAACUCCAGAUAUUUUAGAAGAUCCUUUGCUCAUAUUGUUUGCUAUUUACUACAGGUGACCAAGUGAGAAUGUAGGGAGUGAGGGCCAGUCUAAUUGUUAAUAUAUCAUUUGGUAAUACAACUUAAUUAAAAGGCAUGUCAUCCUGUGCAAAGACCUCACCCAGAUCUCCCGCUUUUCUGUCCAAUAAAUAAAACACAAUGCUAGAUAUAGUUUUGUACUCACAGCAGCUUGUAAAGAUGUUUUUUUAAGUGUAUCAUAUGCUUAUGAUUAAAUGGUGUAAUGAUGUGGAUUGUCUGCUUAAGAAUAAAAGAAAACAAUUUGCAUUCCUGCU